AUGCAACCAAGCGACAGUAGUCAGAAUGAGCUCCCAACGACGUUCUCCGUGUGGAGCGGAAUCAGCAUGGGAUGGAAUACGAUCAAUUCCUUCAGGGGGUUGUCGUUCAUGCUAUUCAUCGGUCUUGCGGCAGGAGGUUUGCCGGGCCUCUUAUAUGGUUUUAUAGGAUGCAGUGUAGGGGUGAUGAGUUUGACCUUGGUUCUCGCCGAGUGUUCGUCUCGAUUUGCCACUGCAGGCGGUGCAUACCACUUUGCGACCUUCCUCAUCCCUCCCAAGUAUCGACGAGGAAGUGCCUACGUUCUCGGAUGGUUCAACUACCUCGGAUGGACCUUGACCCACGCAUCCUGUUGUGCCGUUGUAUCGACCCUCAUUCUCGCUCUCGUGAACCUCUGCGCCCCAGACUACGAUGUUUCGGUGCGAUGGCAGCUCUUCCAGGUUUACAUCGGUGUUGCAACCUAUGCGUGGCUGUUCAACAUCUUCGGGCUACGGUGGAUCCCUGCGUUGGAGCUGCUAGGAACAUGGGCAACUGUUCUCGGAUUCCUGACGUUCACCGUGGUUUUACUCGCAGUCGCGCUCAAAGCAUCGGCGCGGAGCGUUUUAGUCGAUGUGAAUAAUGACACGGGGUACUCGUCCUCAUCCUUGGCCGUCUUUCUCGGUCUCUACAACAGCAUGGCCACGCUGAUGGCUGUCGACGGCCCGACCCAUCUGGCCGAAGAGCUGGCGCAGCCAAAGCGCGUGAUGCCGCGAAUGCUCAUCAUAACUGUUUCAUCGCAGUGCGUGGUGGGGAUUGUGUGGAUUCUCGUCUUGGGGUUUUCGCUCGUGGAUCUCCAGUCUGCCCUUGAUACAGCCACGGGAGUCCCCAUCACCGAGCUAGUCCAACAAGCCACCGGAAGCACCGCUGCAGCCAUCGUCUUCUGUCUCGCCUUGCUCAUCCACUGCGGUACUUCGGCCGUCGCCAGCGCCACGACCUCCAGUCGCCAGGGCUACGCCUUCGCGCGAGACGGAGGCAUGUUCUGCAACCACAAGCUGGCUGAGAUCUCUCCGCGAUUUCAACUUCCGCUGUGGUCGAUCCAUCUGCCUUAUGGAAUUACUGCAGUGGUGGGGAUCGUAUACCUAUUCUCCCACACGGCCUUCAACGCUCUCGUGGGCGGCCAAUCCGCCUUUAUGACCGUCAGCUGCGGCUGCCCGGCCCUCAUACUGCUCCUCACCCGACGCCGUACCCUUCCCCCUAGUGACCAUGGCCAUGGCCAAUGGACCCUAGGCCCAUGGGCCGACGCAACCUACACCGUUGCAGUGGGAUACGCGGUGCUAGUGAUUGCCGUUGUCUUCAUCCCGCAAUCCCACCCCGUCACCUCGACCAGUAUGAACUACACUGUUUUGAUCGUCGGGGCGUUCUUGAUCGUGAUGGGCAUCACGUGGAUACUGGAGGGGCGGAGGACGUUUCAUCCGCCGGCGAAGGAUCCGCAGAGGGAGGUUUUGCAGGGGGAGGUGGUUUUGGAGGAGUUGGGGAUGGGGGGUGAGGGAGAUGGAAAGGGGAAAGGGAUGAGGGUUGAUGAGGAGAAGAUGUGA